CUCAUUCAGUAAAACUCAAAAUUCAAAUUACAGCUCCUUAACCCUAGAUCCCCAAUUUUCUUUGUUUCUCCAAUUUUCUCGCGAAAAUGUCAGGCCGUGGAAAGGGUGGUAAGGGACUCGGAAAGGGAGGUGCCAAAAGGCACAGGAAGGUUCUUCGUGAUAAUAUCCAAGGUAUCACAAAGCCAGCUAUUCGUAGAUUGGCAAGAAGAGGUGGCGUGAAGAGGAUCAGUGGUUUGAUCUAUGAAGAAACCAGAGGAGUUCUCAAGAUCUUCUUGGAGAACGUCAUCCGUGAUGCUGUUACAUACACUGAGCAUGCUAGGAGGAAGACUGUUACAGCCAUGGAUGUUGUUUAUGCUCUUAAGAGACAAGGAAGAACUCUCUAUGGUUUUGGAGGUUGAAGACACAUUAUUAUAUGUUUUUAAUUGUGUAAUUGAAAGGAUGAAGAACUCUAUAAUGCUUAGUUUGCUGAUACUUUGCUAUGUUAUUAUGUAAUAUUUAACAAGACUGAUAAAUGAAUGAAGUGAUCUUUUCCUGUUAA